UGAGACUGCGGGAGAAGGUUUACGGCUUCUAUAUCUUUUUUGUUGGAUUGAAAUCCAGAGAAGUUCGUUUUACACUCCUUUAAUACAUACACACUACUCCCCCUUAUCCUUGCUAUAUUCUGGAUUCUCUCACAUUUUGCGGUAAUACGCCUUGACUUACGUAACUCGCUUUUUCCACCUACCUUACCUCUCGGGCAUUCAUAGCAAAGGAGAAGAUUUGGCUGGACAAAGAUGAAGACGUCGAUUCUAUACACGGCUUCGCUGUUCCUCACAACAGCUGUAGCAUUUCCCGCAAACUUACUCAACGGCGACAUCAGCAGCGAGACUCUUGCGGAAAUCAACAGUAUCGUUGCCAGGAUUGAGCGCGAGGCCGCUGCAUCUGAAAAGCGGCAGUUGGGAUUUGGCCUUGUUAAGCCAGGGUUCGAUGCUGAUGCGCAGCGUGUGAGCAAUACCGGGACGCAUCGAUACAUAGCACCAGGCCCAAACGACAUCCGCGGUCCCUGCCCCGGCCUCAAUAUUCUCGCCAACCAUGGCUAUAUCUCGCGAACGGGUGUUGCGUCUGUGCUUGAUUUGACGACUGCAUCGACCAAAGUCUUCGGCAUGGCAACUGACCUCUCCGCCUUCCUAUCCGUCUACUCCGGCCUUAUUGCCGGCGAUCUUACCACCGUGUCAAUUGGCGGUAAGCCCAAGAGCGGCGGCCUGCUUACCGGCGCGACGUCGUCGCUUGGCCUGCUAGGCGAGCCCCAGGGACUAAGCGCAUCGCAUAAUCGGUUUGAGACGGAUUGCUCGCCUACAAGAGCGGAUUUGUACAAGACUGGCGAUAUCGACUCCCUGGACCUGAGUCAAUUCGAGGAGCUGGCUGCCAUGCCUCUCGGCCCGAAUGGAUACGAUCUCACCGUCAUGCAUCCCUUCCGGGGUUCUCGCUUCAACAACUCUAUCGCGACUAAUGGACGUUACUUUGCUGGGCCGUUUACGCACUUUGCGAUUAACACGGCUACGUACCUCUUCACGUACCACUUCUUCCGCAACCACAGUGCGCAGUACCCUGAUGGCUAUCUCGAUUUGGAAACGCUCAAGUCGUUCGAGGGCGUGACUGGGGAGCGGGGAAGUUUCAAGUGGGCGUCUGGUCGCGAGAGGAUUCCUGAUAACUAUUACCGCCGUGCUAUCGGUGAUGAAUACGGCAUUGCGUCUUUCUCACUCGAUGCUGUGCGCGCGCUGCAAGCACUGCCUUACAUGGCUGUUAUCGGCGGCAACACGGGCAAGCCGAACACGUUUACUGGUGUCAAUAUUGCAGAUUUGACCGGCGGUGUUUUCAACGCGGAGACGCUGCUUCAAGGCAACAAUGCUAUGUGCUUUGCGUUUCAGUUUGUGCAGUUUGCCUCGCCGGAUAUCCUGGAUGGUCUACUUGGCAAUGUUGUGCUUGCGGUACGCAAGUUGACGGCUGUGCUUGAUCCUGUUCUUGCUAUCCUAGGGUGCCCACAGGCUGCCAAGUUCGAUAUGGGAUUACUGUCGAGCUUCCCUGGCGGAAAGAUGUAGAGUCGGAAUUGAGGAACUUCUGUAAGAUACAACAACUGUUUAUAUUUUUUUUCUUCAUACUUCUACGCCAUUGCUGGGCCCUGGGGCAGGCUACUGGAUUUUAAGCGAAGACUUGGAUUGCUGAACCUAAAACAAAGGAAAUGGUAGUCACCAUUUUUAAUUUACAUCAAUAGUUUGAUUCUUUUACGAUGAGCGCAGACGGCAUCAAUGAUUGCGUGUUUGCCGGCCGGCUGGACAACGUUGGCGUCAGAACAAUACGAAAACUGGAAUGUAUGUAAAAAAUUGAAAACGAGUCUCUUGACCGGACACGUCUCUCCGGAUAGCAAUGCUGAGUGGAGUUUUAAGACGAACAAUGUGGUGUUGUACGCCGUGAACCGGAGACGAGAGAAGAGAAGUGGUCGUUCAGGU